GAAACUGAGUUCAUAAUAGUAACACAAAGUUUAGUUUUCUAAAAACUUUUAACAAACAUAACAAAAUGAAAUUCGCUAUUGUUACCUUGUUCACUUUGGCCUUGGCUUUGGGCGUACAAUCAUCCGUUAUUCCCUUGGGUGGUGUAGUAACACAAAUUGCUGGUGGCCCACUUGCACACACUGCAGUUGUAUCACCACUUGGUUUACCUUUGGGUAGUGCUAUUGCUCUUGGUCAUGGUUCAACUAUUGUUCAAUCUACAGUUCCUGCUGCUAUCUCCUUGCCAGCACCCGCAGCUGUUGCUGUUCAUGCUCAUGCUGCUGCAAUUCCCACAGCCGUUCAUGCUGCUGCUGUUCCCGCUGUUGUAGCUGGUCCCGGUAGCUAUGUUGCCAAAACUCGUGGCGCUAUCCAUACUGCUCCCUUGGCUGGCCAUCUCAACUCGGUGGCUAAUGUUAAUGUAGCUCCUGCUCCUGGUACCAUCUAAACAUAUGGUUUCCUUCUUUCACACCAUCAUGGUAUUAAAAUUUCCCGCCAUUAAAAACAAGUAACUGUCAGUGUGACAAAAUUUUAAAUAUGUAGAAAAAUUUUAUAAUUUUUCUAAAUUUCUCUUCUUUCUGUAUUCUACACUUUCCUAUUUUAUGUCUUGAUCUUUUCUUUCCUAUUACUUUCGUAAAUAAAGCAAAUACUUUAAAUAAUUUCAAAAUAA